GCUGAUCAUGUAAAGUACUUAUUAACGCAUAAAUAUUAUAAUUUAUAUAUUUAUUUCUAGUACGUUUAUUUCAUAUAAUCAUACAAAUAUGUUACACAUUGGAUCGUAUUUGCAAAAGAUUCAAAUGGAGGAUCUGGAUUAUAUAGAAAAAGAUUUGAGUUUUUACGAGAUGGUGUCUCUUAGUUUAUUGCUUUUUGGAGUGUCUCGUUCUAGUGCUUCGUUUGCACUGCAAAAACUAAUUAUUCACUUCAAUUCCCAAUUUGGAACAGUUAUUGGUUUAUUGCGAGAGUACACUACAGUUAACUUGGAUAAUUGGCGUGGAUGUGUUGUAGAAGCGUUAGCUAUUAUAGAUGCAAAACGUGUACUUCGUAAAUUAGGAUUUAAAUGGGAAGAAAUACGCGAGUACUAUUUGCCUAACGUAGCUGAACUUAGUUUACAAAUACAUCCAUUGUUAAAAGCCCUUUAUAAUAUGUGCGAACGUCUUACGCCGGAACAAGCUGGGCAAUUAAUUCUUAAUAUAAAUGAACAACAUAAAAAACUUGAAAAUCAUUUGCGUUUUUAUGAUUUUGAAUAUUUAGAAAUAUUUUUAUUAGAUUGGAUAACAGUAAAUAUCAUUGAUAUAGGUGACGACCGAAGUGAAAAUGUCAAUAUUCAGGUUUUAUUAGAAUUCUUUAUUAUUAAUGAUAUGGAUGAAAUCAAAACAUUGCUAUUGCAAACAAUUCGAAGUAAUGCAAAUUCAACGCCGACUAUUGAAAACAGAGGAUUUUAUCAAAAGGACAGUGCUUCUGCAAUCAAUACUGAAAAAGUUUCAGAUAUUGAACUUCUACCUAAAACAAAUUUAGAUAAAUGUUAUGUUGUGGAACGAAACCAGGCUGGAUAUAUUUUAAUUAUUAAUCAAAAGAACUUUUAUAAGGAGGAAUCAAAGGAGUUGCAGCAUUUACUUCCAAAAAAAAAAUUAUUAGAACGUUGUGGCACCGACACGGAUAAAGAAAAAUUGAGGGAAGUAUUUUCUUCUUUUGGUUACAUUCCAAUGGUUUUUGACAACUUGUCUCAUAUAGAUUUAUUGCACCAAAUUCGUGAAACAGUAAAACGGUCUUGCACUCUAAGUUCAAUAAUUAUAUGUAUUUUAUCGCAUGGUAUUAGUGGAUGCAUUUAUGGCUGUAAUAGCAUUCCAAUUAAAAUUGCUGAAAUAGAAGAAAUAAUGACUGCUGAUGCUUUGCAAGACAAACCAAAAAUGUUGAUAUUACAAGCAUGUCAAAGAGACGAACGUAGCAACGAGUUGUCGGAUAAAAGAAAAAAUGGAGUACCAUCUAACAUUAGCCCUAACGCCUACUUAGAUAUGAUCAAAGCUAUGUCAACAGUACCAGGUAUUUUUGUUAAAUUUAUAGAUAAUAGAAAUUUAAUUUAA